GAGGGGGAAGAGCCCAGGGUGCGCUCCAUCCUCAGCCCCAGUACACCGGACUGUCAUCCCCGGAGCGGCCGCCUGCCUCUCCUCCAGCACCCUGCUCUCCUCCAUCGGCUCUUACGGUCAGCGGACGCAGCAUGGACGCGCAUUGAAACGCAGUGUCGAGCUGUCAGCUGUUUCUCCUGCCUGCAAAGAAAGAAAGAGAAGGAAGAAAGAACACGUUCUCUCAACGCUCGUCGGGCUGAAGUCAGCACAAUGAUGGAGUACUGGAGGCAGUGCGCGCUGUGGCUGAUAAACUGCAAGGUGCUGCCGGCCAACCACCGCGUGACGUGGGAGUCCGCGCAGGUAUUCGACCUGGCGCAGACGCUGCGGGACGGGGUGCUCCUGUGCCACCUGCUCAACAACCUGCGACCCCAGUCCAUCAACCUGAAGGAGAUCAACCUCCGACCGCAGAUGUCCCAGUUCCUGUGCCUGAAGAACAUCAGGACUUUCCUGGCAGCGUGCAGCGAGAUAUUCGGCAUGAAGAAGAGCGAGCUGUUUGAGGCCUUCGACCUUUUCGACGUCAGGGACUUUGGAAAGGUCAUGGACACACUAUCGAAACUUUCCCACACGCUGAACGCACAACAAACUGGAAUCAGGCCCUUUCCGACAGAGCAGAGCGUUGAAGAUGAGGAUAUCUACAACCACCUGGUGGAUCUCAUAGAUGAGAACGAGUUGGAGGACGAGGAGGAUCUGUAUGACUGCGUGUAUGAUGAUGAAGAUGGAGGAGAGAUCUAUGAGGACCUGAUGAAGACAGAAGCCCUCCCGCCUCCGGCGUUUCACAAGCAGGCGGAGACUGACAUCAGGAGCUGCUGUUUAACAGAGAUCAAGCAGACAGAGGAGAAAUACACUGAGACCCUGGAGUCUAUAGAGAAGCACUUCAUGACGCCCCUCACCAUGUUUUUAUCCACGGUCGAGAUGGAGAGGGUGUUUGUGAACAUCCCGGACAUGGUGAAAGUUCACAAAUGUUUACUCCUGGAAAUCCAAGACUCAGUCCACCACAGAAGUGCCCAGAACCUUUACCAGAUCUUCAUCAGUUUCAAAGAGAGGUUGUUGAUCUACGGGAAAUACUGCAGCCACGUGGAGACAGCCAUCGGCUCUCUGGAUGACAUCAGCAAGGACAGAGAGGACGUCCGCAUGAAGCUGGAGGAGUGUUCAAAGAGAGCCAACUACGGCAAGUUCACACUAAGGGACCUGCUGGUGGUUCCUAUGCAGCGAGUCUUGAAGUAUCAUCUCCUCCUGCAGGAGCUGGUGAAACACACUCAUGACGCCACAGACAAAGGAAACCUACGGAAGGCACUGGACGCCAUGAAGGACCUGGCUCAGUACGUAAACGAAGUCAAGCGAGACAAUGAGACGCUCAGAGAAAUAGAUCAGUAUCAGAGAUCCAUCGAAAACCUGAAUCAGUCUCUGAGCAACUACGGGAGACCCAAAGGAGACGGGGAGGUACGGGUGGCCUCGGUGGACAAACGAGCCAAACAGGACAGGCACAUCUUCCUGUUCGAUGCUGCGGUGAUUGUUUGUAAGCGGCGCGGAGACAACUAUGAGAUGAAAGAAGUGAUCGAUCUGCAUCUCUUCAAGGUCACCAACAACCCCACAUCGGACAAGGAGAACCGAAAGUGGUCCCACGGAUUCUACCUCACUCACAACCAGGGCCAGAGCGGCUUUGAGUUCUUCUUCAAGACCAAAGAGCUGAAGAAGAAGUGGCUGGAGCAGUUUGGCAUGGCCAUAUCCAACAUUCAACCCGAGAACGGCAGCAACAACUUCCAUGAGUUUCGUAUGCACACCUUUGACAGAAUCACCUCCUGCAACUCUUGUCACAUGCUGCUAAGGGGCAUCUUUAACCAGGGCUACCUGUGCUCCAAGUGUGGUUUAGGUGCCCAUAAAGAAUGCCUGGGCCGCUUUGGCUGCUGUGGAAAAACAGAUCCUGGCUCCGUCAGAACUCAGGGCAAAGAUCGAGAUCCAGGUCUGCCCAAGAUGCAGGUGAUCAGGAACUACUUUGGUGUGCCGAGCCCCACGUCUGGCCCAGCGCUCAGCAUCCAGGCGGGUGACAUCAUCGAAUUAAUCUGCGCCGACCUUCACAGCCCCUGGUGGCAGGGCAGAAUCCUGUCGACGAAAGAGGCUGGCUUCUUUCCAAGCGACGCCGUGAAGCCUUGCCCAUGUGUCCCGAAGCCUGUGGAUUACUCGUCUCAACCCUGGUUUGCAGGGCCCAUGGAGAGGCUCCAGGCAGAAGCAGAGCUCAUCAACAGGGUCAACAGCACCUACCUGGUCCGCCAUCGCAGCAGAGAGUACACAGAGUACGCCAUCAGCAUAAAGUACAACAACGACGUGAAGCACAUAAAGAUCCUGACCAAGGAGGGCUGCUUCUACAUCGCAGAGAACAAGAAGUUCAGGAGCAUAUUAGAGCUGAUUGAAUAUUACAAACACCACUCCCUGAGAGAAGGCUUUAGGAGUCUGGACACCACGCUGCAGUUUCCUUACCGGGACCCGGAGAACGCUGCUGUGCACCGCCUCAACCGGUCGGGUGGCAACAUGUUUACUCCCAAAGUGAUCGGUGUGGCGAUAGCGCGGUACGACUUCAGCUCGCGCGACACCCGGGAGCUCUCGCUGCAGGAGGGCGACGUGGUUAAGAUCUACACAAAGUCGGGGGCCAACGGCUGGUGGAGGGGCGAGGUCAACGGCAGGGUGGGCUGGUUUCCAUCCACAUACGUAGAGGAGGGUGAGGAGUGAAAGGUUCACCGAGGGAAUCCGAGUGAUAGAAGAAGAACGGCAGCAGUGGAGUAAGCGCACUGAGCACACAACAGUGACAAAGUGACGGAGUGUGCGUCUGCACUGCUGCCUGCUCCAGUGUUACGGCUGCACUCUCUCCAGCCCCGAUGCCCACGACCAUCCCAGAGGCCUUUGGGAGAGAAAAGGAAUGCACCUCGCUGCCGACGCAAAGAGGCCCGAUCACUUCUGGUCGGCUCCGUGAGGCUAAGUGACUCCAUCAACAAGCAGCUUGCCUGUCAGCGGGGAAACAAGCCCUCGCCAGACACCCACCCUUCCUUCCUGCGUCCAUCCAUAAUUCACCCUUUGCUCUCCUCCUCUCUCUGCUCCAGCCAGCCACAGCCCCCCAACUCCCACCUGUUUCUGCUUGCCAAGUCGGCCGUCGCCAGGCUGUCAAACGCAAAUGCCACUCAUCCAUUCAUGCACCCACCCACCCAUCAAUCCAUCCAUUCAUCCAUCCAUCCCACCUCCCCCUGUGGAAAUAUAGUCAUAGAGUCAAAAAGACCCUGUACACUGUACAGUUUUUUUAUGCCUCUCAACCGCUUCUCAGUCUGAUGGAACUCAGUCAGUUCUGACCUUGCCUGUGUGUUUGUUCCAUUAAUACAGGUGGUUAUUGAUGACUACAUGACCCAGAUUCAAACAUCCAAACAUCCCCCCCCACCCACCUCUCCUCCUCCCUUUCACAUCAUGAUCACACACACACACACACACACACACACACACACACACACACACACACACACACACACACACACACACACACACACACACACACACACACACACACACACACACACACACACACACACACACACACACACACACACACACAGGAGAUUUAAGAGAGGGAUGGCGUCGGAUAGCAUCGCUGCACAGUGCCAGCAAUUGAUCGCUGUUGUUCCUAUUUUCCUCCUCCCACCUCCUCCAUUCUUUAUCCGCAGCCCAGCCUCUCAUGUUUUCAGUCGUCUUGGCCGUUAGCGAUCCGCUUCUCUUAUCAGUGGCAGCCCUGACAGGAGCCCAUUCGCCGAGGGUUUAUGUUUGUGGAGGCAUUAGUGUCGGGGAACAAGCCACCUGCCCCGGUAACAUGAAACAGAAGAAAAGAGAUGAGGCACAAAGACAGACAAACUUUUAUUCUUCUGUCUUUUUCCUCCCUUGUCCGUGUCUGCGCUUUUUUCAGCAUUACCUGAGUUGUUUGUUUCUGUUUCAUCAUCCGCAGAUAUGAUGGAUACAAUGCCGUUUGAUUGCAUUCUUGCAGAAUUGAUCAAUACUGCACUGUACGUGCGGGAGAGGUUGUACAGCCAGAUUUCUUCUUUUGCAACAUCUUCACCAAUAUCAUCAUCUUCUUUAGUUUCUUUUCCUCCCAAGAACACAACUUUGGCAGAGCAGAACACUGAACAUCGGCAAUUUUGAAGAUUGUUUUUUGGCCAGAAUGAUAUCAAAUUUUGGAAUGUAAAAUCUCACCAGUUCAAUCCAAAAGAAAAGAAAUAAGUUUUCAGAAACCCUCUCCACCUUUCCCAGCUUCCAGCUCACUGUCCUCCCUCUCACCCCCAUCUCUGUGCUCCACCCUCACUCCCCAUAUACACACACACACUGUCUCCUUAAUCCAGAGUGAAAGAGGGAUUUAAUACCUUUACAGGUACCAACGUAUAGUCAGACGGAAUAAGGCCACGGGGUACACAGCCACAAAGCUGUGAUCAGAUGACGUCUGGGGCUGAGAAUGCAGACUCGGCAGCAGCUGGCGCUGUGCAGCGAUGUGUCUCUGCUGUAACACAAACUACACUCCUUUAUUUAAAAUAUGUGGUUGAUGAUGUCCGUUCACACAGUGGUCAGAAGGCAGCAGUUACUUCUGACAGGAUAAUCUGCCAAUCACAGGGCUGUGCUAAUGUCCACGUGUCCCACAUACAGCAGAGCCGUUUCUGUGAUCACAUCAAUACGUUGAAGAUUCCAGUAGCAUCAGUUUGACGUUGCUCUUUGGCUACACUCCCCGUUUUCCUCCUCUCUCCUCAUACAAAAUCAUCCUUGUCUCAAUGUUUCAUGGGAGACUUAUGUUUUAAUGAUAUCUGUCACUGAUGCACUGAGGCGGUUGACAGCAGCUACUUCACCGCAGAAGUGAAAACGUGGUUUAGUGUUGUUUUAGAUAUUGUUUGAGUUGAAAUAUCACGUGGCUAACAGGGGGAGCCAGCCUCUGGAAACAGUCCUCGGGUCCCUGUCACCGUUGAAAGACAUCAUCCUCCACCUUCACAUCCUCCUUCUCCUCUCACAUGUUCUCGUCCUCCCCCGUCACAUCUUCAUCCUCCCCUCUCGUGUCUUCGUGCCACCCCGUCAAGUCUCCGGUGGGCGUUGUGCCGGAAACAUAUUUUUUGAUUCUCAGUAACAAUUGGUAGUAAAGACAUGCUUUUGUAUGGACUCAAUGGAGCCAUUACAUUUGAAAAUGAUUGAUGACCCCCUGCCACAUCCUGCCACGCCAUUCCUUUAUAAUAUGUGACAUGUGAAAAAUAUUCUUGUUCUCAGUCAAGAAAUGUGUCAAAUGGAUCAUAUUAAUGUCUUUUGGCAUUGUGAUAGCUCCCUUCAUUUUUUGUUACAUCGGCAGUGUCAUUGAGUGACCACUAGAUGGAGGCAUCCUAAACACAUCUCCUCUCCCGGCAGUCACCUUCAACUUGCAAAAGUUUGGAGAUGACAUCAUCUGAUUAGGAGGUGAACAGUGUGUGCAGAGGCAGUCGCCGUAAGAAGACGCCUUGAAGACAAGUUCAGUUUAUCCGAAGGAGUUUCAUCUGCAGGUUGAAAUGAUCUCUGACAUAAUUUAGUCACCACAAUGUCUAUCCUGACCGUCCUGGUAUUCCAAGAUCUUCAUGUCCAGUAGGUUUUAUGAUGACAAUGAUGAUGAUGAUGAGCUUCCUAAAAACCUCUGCCGUCUCAGUCAGACAUUAGAUUCAUAACAUCUUUAGGAAGUCGGCGGCGGCACAAACGCGAUCCAGCACACGUCUCUCUCCCAUCCUGGGAGAACUGGAGAGGCAGAGUAGGCUCCUCUAAUCGCAGACUCCGGUAAUCCACUCCCUCCUCCGCCCAGAUGAACCCUGACAGCAGGGCCAUUUACAACUGCAGGCCUUCAUCUGCCUCAGAGCGAGCUUCCAGAUUUUUCUGUGUGCAGGAGGGAUGGGAGGAAGGCUCAAGGGUAUCUGCGAUCUAAUCAUUACACCAUCUCCUCACCUCGACGACCCGCCUGCAUCCAUCUCUCUGUCAGCUCCGCUCUCCCUCGCCCUCUCUCACCGUGUCACUUCCCUUCUCUCUCUCUGUCUCUAAUGCUCUCUUUCCCCCGCAUCUAUCUUUCAUCCAAUCUUCGUCUUCUGAGUUUCUCUCUGUAUUCUGUUCCCUGUGCCGACGCUCUGUAGGCUGUAACAGCCGCCGCCAUAUGCUGGCGGGAGGAGAGCGAUUCCGUAUCAUCAGGAGAGGCGGGAGAGAGGCGGGCUGACUCCCUACAAACAACCAGGGCGAAAUGAGGACUAGUUUAAUUUUGCCACAAAUUAAUAGACUGAGAGAAAUGAUGCCAAUUAGGCAAUGAAUUAGAAUUUGCUCUCACCGCUGUUGUCUCCUCGCGUACCGCGUGUGUGCACAGAUUAUUUCUGUAUGCGAAGACACACACAGUGUACGUGAGGGGAGGCGUUUCGACAGGAUUCAGGGCUGAGCAAGUCUUAGUCCAGCAGGGGUUUCAGGAUACAAUCUCCUGAACCAACACUUGAGGAGCUUUCUGAGGGAACCCGAAUAGAAACACGCCAGUCACACACAAAAAAACAAUACUUCUAUCUUUCUAGUUUGCUGCCAGUGCCCCCCCUCUUGUCCGAACUUUGCACCCAUGCCAGUGUGUUGAUAUCCAAAGGAAGCCAAAGAUUUAUGUUGUACUUACUGUACAUUCAGUGUUACGUGUCAUUACCACGGUACCCGACCACUGUGGCCUGACUCUGAAAGCGUGCAAUCCUGACUGUGUAGCGUUACCGUGCAUUUGUUGCUGUAUUAUACUGUAAAAUAUGUACAGAGUGUAUAAUAAAGAUACAUAUUGCUUCUUUUAA